UGGCAACGUUUCCUUGCUUUAUAUUUCUGCACAAGCUGGAUUUCUCUCUUCUUUGGUGGAUUUCUGGCAGAUUUGGUGGUUAACAGGAUGAUUUUCCUCUGGACCUUUGGGACAUGGAUAUUUAUUCUAUAUGCAUGUACAGAAGGCUUGCCAAAAGCACCUCGAGAUGCAACUGAAAGGAACUGUACAAUUAGCCCACCGUAUCUUCCACCAUCUAUAAAAAACACCACAAGACAACUGAAUGACCUGCGCCAGAAGAUGAGAGAGAACAACAUUAGUGCAUACAUUGUUCCAUCUACAGAUGCACAUUUGGGCGAAUACACAGCAGAUAGAGAGAAGAGGAGGAACUGGUUAACAGGCUUCACAGGAUCCUCAGGUGUUGCAGUGGUGACGCACACACGAGGGGCUGUGUUUACAGACAGCAGAUAUUGGAUUCAGGCAGAACGAGAGAUGGACUGCAACUGGGAACUGGAGAAGACUUUGUCAUCCUAUGCCGUUGUCACGUGGAUCCAACAAGAAUUAAAACCAGGGGAAGGAAUUGGCUUUGAUCCCUUCUUGUUCUCCAUCGGUGAAUGGCAGAGUUAUUCCAGCUUAAUACAAAGCUCAGGGAUGACAUUUCAGUCCAUACCAACAAAUCUGGUGGAUUUAGUGUGGGGAAACCAGCGUCCCUCACUCCCCAAUGAGACUAUUUAUGCACUGAAAGACGAGUUUGUAGGAAGCACCUGGCAGGAGAAAGUGUCCAACAUCCGUGCAAAGAUGAACAGUCAUGCCCAGAAACCCUCAGCAGUGCUACUAUCGGCUCUGGAAGAAACUGCAUGGCUUUUCAAUCUUCGAGGCCAGGACAUUCCAUAUAACCCUUUCUUCUAUUCGUAUACACUGCUUACUCUGGACUCUGUCAGGAUAUUUGUUAAUGUAAACCGUAUCACCAAUGAAGUGCAAACCUACCUAAACACCAACUGCGCACCAUCAUCUUGUGUCCAGCUUACUGAGUACGAUCAGCUUCGAGACACUUUGCUGGAAUAUGUAAAGGGAAAUGUGAAAAUAUGGAUUGGGCAAAGCUACACCAGUUAUGGAGUAUAUGAAACCAUCCCUAAGGACAAACUUUUGGCUGAAGAGUAUUCUCCAGUCUUAAUCGCAAAGGCCGUGAAAAGUGAAAAAGAGCAGAAAUUGCUGAAGGACUGCCAUGUGCGGGAUGCAGUGGCUGUCAUUCAGUACUUAGUAUGGCUGGAGAAAAAUUUGGCCAGGGGCUUAGUGGAUGAACUCAGUGGAGGGGACUAUGUAGACAGUCUGAGACAAAAGCAACAGUAUUCCAAAGGCCCGAGUUUUGCCACUAUUUCUGCCAGUGGUUUAAAUGCAGCUCUUGCUCAUUACAGAGCAACUAAUGAGACAAAGCGUGAAUUGGGAGUGAAUGAAAUGUAUCUUGUUGACUCUGGUGGACAAUAUUUUGAUGGGACUACAGACAUUACAAGGACUGUUCACUGGGGAACACCAACAGCUUUUGAGAAGGAAGCAUAUACACGUGUCCUGAUGGGGAACAUUGAGUUAACCAGACUUAUAUUUCCUCAAAGAACCUCUGGAAGAAUGAUUGAGUCAUUUGCCAGAAAAGCUCUUUGGGAAGCAGGUCUAAAUUAUGGGCAUGGUACUGGACAUGGAAUUGGUAACUUCUUUUCUGUCCAUGAAUGGCCUGUGGGUUUCCAGUCUAAUAAUAUUGCGAUGACCAAAGGAAUGUUCACUUCCAUCGAGCCUGGCUAUUAUCAUGAUGGGCACUUUGGUAUUCGCAUUGAAGACAUUGUACUUAUAGUUGAAGCAAAGACUGCGUAUAUGUUUGGAGGUGAACCUUACCUUGCUUUUGAGACUGUAACCUUGGUCCCAUAUGACAGAAAUCUAAUUGACACCAGCAUUAUGCAAGAUGUUCAGAUUGAGUAUGUAGACCAGUACUACAAGAAAAUAAAAGACCUGGUGGGACCUGAAUUACAAAAGCAGAACCUUCAUGAAGAAUACAAGUGGCUGGAAAAGAACACAAGACCUUUAUCACAUGGUGCUCUGAUCUCUGCAUCACUGCUCCUUCUGAGCUUACCAGUGAUGGCCACUGGCUUUAUAAAUUACAUAUUUGUUUGAAGAAAGAGGCAUCUGGGUUGUAAAAAUGGAUGAAAGAGGAAAAAAAAGAAUACAUUUUGUAUAUGUAUAAAAUCCAGUGGGACUAAAUGUGUGCUACUUGUUUGCUUUCUGUCCAAUAUUUUUUUUUUGAGGCCUUUUUGAGACCUUUUGAGGCUCAGGCAAUGUCUUUUUUAAAUGCCCAUACAGAUGUGGUACAACAAGAUUUUAUUAUUGUUGCCUGUUAGGAAAGAGAUAGAUCUCUUAUCAACUUGGGUUCUAAAUCAUUUAAACUCUACAUCUAAACCAUAACACUGUAUAUUUCCUGGAUCCCAUGAUCCCUCCAAAAUGUAUAUUGUGCUCCACUUACUGUGAGGAAACAUUUCGCUCAGUAUUUUUUUCAAACUGCAAUCUUAUUCUUUUUACCUCCAUUUAAUCGUAAGUCUGUUCCCCAGUUCAUACUCUAUCUGUAUCUGUGCUGUCCUGCAGCAACAUUUACCUCGUAUUGACACAGCUCUGUCUACGAGUCCCCAGAAGUUACACUGAUCGACAAUUACUGUCCCUCUGCUUUAGUGCCCAGUGUUAGGACUUACUGCCCCCAGUCUAUAGAUACAUCUUUGCCACUUUUGUGUGGCAAAGUUAGCACCAAUAGCUGCACAUUGCCAAGGAAACUUUCUGCCAGACCCACAACUGCCCCCUGAGUCCCUCCACCACAUUUUUCCAUGUGUGUACAAACAUACUAAUCAUAAAUAAUUUCUGGCACCUAUUCAUAGCCUUAUUUCAGAUAACUGCCUCAAAGCCUACUAACAUCAAUUGAUUGAGUGUGUUGAGCAGUGUCACUCACAACUGGCGAUCUGUUUGUGUGUUCAUUGUGUCAGACAAGAUGGCAGGAAGAGCAAACAAAAGGCACCUAGGUUUCCUGAGUUCAGAGUCAACCCAGUGGGCAAGGAUGUACCUUAGGUUUUGCUCUAAUAUACAAAUGGGCCCCAUUGUAGCCUUAGCAUUUCUGAUAAAGGAGAAUAAAAUAUAAAAUCA